AUGGAGAAAAGAAGAAUUAGAAGACUAAAAUUUGCAGAACUUCGUAGAGCAAGAGAAGAGCAAAUGGACACUAUUAAUAGAGCAAUUGACAAUAACAGUGAAAUUAAGAAAAAUGGAAUAGAAUAUAUAAAACAUUUCGUUGAAGAAAUAGAUAACAAUGGUGUCAAUGAUGUCAGAUUUUUGAGAGAAGUAAUUCUUUAUUUAUGGUAA